AUGGCCUCCCAAAACCCCGCCGAAACCCCUGUCCAGGGCGACGCUGCCUCCCAAACGCUGCCCGAUCGCACUCAAGCCCCCGCUGAUAACCAGGGCGAGUCCAAGAACGCCGCCAAGAAAGCCGCCAAAGCCGCAAAGCUCGCCGCGGAAAAAGCGAACAAGGGAGAGAAGGCCAAACAGGGCGGUGGAAAGCAGGCUCCCAAGAAGGCCCCUACGAAGAAGAUGGAGGGUGCGGCGCUGAUUGGAAUUGAUGUCGCCAAGGAAACGGACUUCCCAAACUGGUACCAGCAGGUUCUUACGAAGGGAGACAUGCUUGACUACUAUGAUGUGUCCGGCUGUUUCAUUCUGAAGCCCGCUUCAUACUUCAUCUGGGAGGAGAUUCAGAACUGGUUCAACAAGAAGAUCAAGGCGAUGGGCGUGAAGAACUGCUCUUUCCCUCUGUUCGUGUCUGAGGAUGUGUUGCAGCGUGAGAAGGACCACAUUGAGGGUUUCGCUGCAGAGGUCGCCUGGGUUACCCAUGCUGGCUCCACCCCUCUUGAGAAGAAAAUCGCCAUUCGUCCUACCUCCGAAACUGUCAUGUACCCCUACUACGCCAAGUGGAUUCGCAGCCACCGUGACCUGCCUCUGCGUCUGAACCAGUGGAACUCCGUCGUGCGAUGGGAGUUCAAGCAUCCCCAGCCCUUCCUGCGCACUCGUGAGUUCUUGUGGCAGGAGGGCCACACUGCGCACUUGACACAAGCUGCCGCCCAGGACGAGGUGAUGCAAAUUCUUGACUAUUAUGCGGCUAUCUACAACGAGGCACGUGUUUACCCUGCAUCUUACACGACGACUGUCGAGGGCUACAUCCCCGCCACCGGCCGCGGUAUCCAAGGUGGUACUUCCCACGGCUUGGGCCAAAAUUUCGCGCGCAUGUUCAACAUUGUAGUCGAGUCUCCGGACUCGAAGCCUGGCGAGGUUCUGCCCCCUCUCCACGUUUGGCAGAACUCAUGGGGUCUGUCGACUCGUACCCUCGGUGUCAUGGUUAUGAUUCACAGUGACAACAAGGGUCUUGUUCUGCCUCCUCGUGUGGCAGAGCUCCAGACUAUCAUUGUCCCCGUCGGUAUCACUAACAAGACCUCCGAGGAGGAGAAGGCGAAGCUUGAUGCCGAGGUGGAUGGCCUUGUUGCUGUUCUCGCUGCCGCUGGUGUCCGUGUCGAUAGCGACAAGCGCGCCUACUCCCCUGGCUGGAAAUUCAACCAGUGGGAGAUGCGCGGUGUGCCUCUGCGCCUUGAGUUCGGUCCUGGCGAGUCCGCCGGCCACUUCGUCACUGCUGCCCGUCGUGACAUUCCUGGCAAGGACGGCAAGAGCCCUAUUCCCAUCCCCGAUUUGGCAACCGCUGUUCCCGCCCUCUUGGAGACCAUCCAGGCCGAUAUGCUUAAGCGCGCCACUAUUGAGUUUGAUGCCCACCGCAAGAUCAUCACUAAAUGGGAUGAGUUCGUGCCUGAGCUGAAUCAGAAGAAUCUGUUGAUGGUUCCCUUCUGUUUGACCGAGGCCUGUGAGGAUCAAAUUAAGGACAUGUCUGCUCGCAAGGCCGAGGAAGACUCCGGCGAGGCCGAGGAUGCCAAGGCUCCCAGCAUGGGUGCUAAGUCGCUGUGCAUUCCCUUCGACCAGCCCGAAGGAUUGGAGAAGGGUGUCACCGAGUGUAUCAAUCCGAAAUGUUCGCUCAAGGCUGAGAAAUGGUGUAUGUUCGGCCGCUCUUACUAG